AGUACACAUAAACUGAUGGCACGUACAGAAGUUUGCAGAACGUUCAGCAAUGUUGCGGGAGUUUUCUACAGAUGACAGGGUACUAGAGCUAUAAAACAAGAAACAAGAGGAAGACAAGAAGACAUGGCAGAGCGGGAGCUUGUUUCUGACGACCAGGAAGAAGGAAAAGGAUGCACAGAUCGGGUAAAAGACUAUGUGAAAAGCACAGAGUUCCUGGUGUAUACUGAAGCCACCCUCUCCACAUGGGGAGACCGUAUGUGGUCCUUCGCUGUUGCCCUGUUCCUUAUCGACCUGUCUCCAGGCUCUCUACAGCUCACUGCCAUCUACGGUUUUGCCAAGUCCAUCUCUGUACUGCUGUUAGGAGCCAUCAUUGGUGACUGGAUAGACCGAACCGCUCGUUUGAGAGCCGUGCGUAUAUCUCUGGUGAUCCAGAAUGGCUCAGUAGCGCUGUGUGCCGUGGUGUUCGCUCUCAUGGACGUGUAUCGGAAACAGAUGGAAGACACUGCAGGUGGCUGGCUGAUGACUCUGUGUCAGGUACUUCUGAUCUUUAUAGCAGUGAUUGCCAUCCUAGCUGGCCAGGCUACCAGCAUCUGUCUACAGAAGGACUGGGUAGCUGUGAUAGCUGGGGGAGAGAAGGAGAGACUUGCUAACAUGAAUGCCAUGAUGCGGCGGAUCGACCUCUGCACAAAGAUCCUGUCUCCGGUGGUCGUGGGUCAGAUCAUGACCUUCGUCUCCAUGUUGGUCGGCGCCCUGUUCAUCGCGGGCUGGAACAUCGUUUCCAUGGCGAUAGAAUACUACCUGUACCAUCGUGUGUACGUCAGUGUUCCUGCACUGGCCGUGAAGGAGACUAAAACAGAAGAGGAUGGAGAACGCAAUGAUGAAAAUGCAGAAAACCCGACCGACGAAUCAACAAAAACAGACACCACGCCCCAGUCCUGCCACCACAGGAUGUUCCACAGUUUCUUCACCCUGUACAACGGCUGGAAGAUCUACUUCCAACAGACAUGCUUCCGCGCGGGCCUCGGACUCUCCUGUCUGUACAUGACGGUUCUCGGCUUCGACAACAUCACCGUUGGGUUUGUCUACACCCAGGGUUUCUCCGAACUCGCGGUCAGCCUUCUGGUCGCGGCCGGCGGAAUUCUCGGAGUCGGUGGAACAUUCAUCUACCCUCCUCUUCGUAAAAGAAUUGGUCUCCACCGCACUGGGUUGAUAUCCGGGACGUUACAUUGGAGUAUCCUGAUCCUGUGUGUGGUGUCCGUGUGGGCCCCGGGGAGCCCGUUUGACCCGUUUUAUUACACCCGCCCAUCUAAUGUCACCCUCGCGGAUGUCACCUUCCCCCCUGAUGUCACCCCUUACCCUACUUUCACCCCCUCCUCCAAUUUAUCAGUGUCUCCCUUCGCUUUCACCGAUUCGGCAGUUUCGCCGGUGAUCAACACGACUGCCGCGCCAGCAGAAGUACGUCCCGGGUGGAUGUACGCGUCUGUGGCACUGCUCAUGGGCGGGGUCACACUGGGCAGGAUCGGUUUAUGGAUGUAUGACCUGACCGUGACCCAACUUUACCAGGAGACGGUGGAGGAGAACCACCGGGGGGUGGUGUUCGGUGUUCAGAACAGCCUCAACUUCUUCAUGGACAUGCUGCACUUCAUUCUAGUGAUCAUCCUCCCUGCUCCGGAAACAUUUGGAUUUUUGAUCCUCUUGUCCUUUGCGUUUGUUGUCGCUGGACACACCUUGUAUGCCUCAUAUUCUCGUAAGAGGGAGGAAGGAGAGAGGGGAAGGAAUGCCAUCUUGCGGUCCAAGAGCGGUAGUGCAACCGUUGGUGCUUCAGGAGACGCCGGGGUCACACAAGGGCAAAGAGAAGCGAGAAACUAUAACGUUGGGAAUGAAAUUCAGGAAGAGAAAAUGCAGGACGUCGUGAUCGAUGACGACAAGGCAAGCCCAAAAGAUGAAGAAAUAAUGGCAAAGCUGUUAGAAGAAAGUCUUAGUGUGGAAAAGAUUAAAGUCGCCACUACUGAAGAAGCCAUUUGGGACCUGUUGGAACAGUACGGACCUAAGUGACGUUGUUGUUGCUGUUGAACAUCCCUUGUAAAUAAAAUCCAUGGCGCCAAAGACCAUAUUACACCGUGAAGGGAUCAAAAUAUCUUGAAACUUCAUAAGAUCCUGAUCUCACAGUGAUACAAAAUGCAUAUUUACUUUAUUUGGAAAAGAAGAA